AUGCCACCGGCCGAGGGUGAUUCGAAGCAGCUGGUGCAUAUGUUCUAUGUGCGCUUGCAUGUGCCAAAGUAUAUGGAAGGGCGGGAUGGUGCCAGGAAAGCUCUGGGACCAUAUGUGCCUGAAGGAUGCCGUUUGUUGCGCUGUAUCGCGUUGCAGAAUGGUGGCGGUGUCCGAGCAGACUUGUUGGCCUCCAGGAAGGAUUAUGAAGUUUUUUUGGGGGCAGUGGCGAAGCUUGGACGGGUGCAGCAGAUGGAGACAGGAGAUCUGGAUAAGGAAAAGGAGGUGCGAGGAGAAACAAAACGCAAAGCGAAAUCGCUCUCCCGCGCAGCUCACUUCGCGGAGCGUCUGUUCGAAGCAUUUGGUUCUGGAGGCAAACAGAGCAAGCGCCGGCAGGUGGUAGGCCAUUUGAGUGAGGCUUUUGCUACAAGUGUGCGGGUUCAAGCAUCUCAUCUGGGCUCUGCGCAAAGCUCGGUUAUGGACAACAGUGCCUGCGGAGAGAAUGACGAGGACGAGGGCAGGAAGUGA